UCGAGUGACUUCCCGUAGAACUGCGUUCUUAGAGGUCGAAUCCUUUGUAACUUCCUCUGAACAUCACUGUUCAUCUUAUACAUUUGAUUGACGAUGGCGAUGGCGAACCCUCCAAAGCCAUGGAAGGCAGAGUAUGCUAAGUCUGCAAGAUCCUCAUGCAGGACCUGCAAGUCACCUAUUAACAAAGAAGGUUUCAGGCUCGGCAAAAUGGUUCAAUCUACUCAGUUUGAUGGCUUCAUGCCUAUGUGGCACCAUGCUAAUUGCAUACUGAAGAAAGCAAAACAAAUAAAAUCAAUUGAUGAUGUUGAAGGCUUAGAAUCUCUUCGCUGGGAGGAUCAGCAGAAAAUUAGAAAAUAUGUGGAAGGUGGUGGAACUACCAAUAAUGAUAAUGCUGUCACUAAAAUGGAAUUCAGUAUUGAAGUUUCGCAAACGUCUCGUGCUACUUGCAGGCGUUGCAACCAAAAGAUUACGAAAGGAGAGGUUCGCAUAUCCUCGAAGCCUGAUGGUCAAGGAGCUAAGGGACUGGCAUGGCAUCAUGCCAACUGUUUCAUGGAAGCAUCCCCUUCUGUUCAAGUGGAAAAAUUGUCUGGAUGGGAAAGCCUCCCAGUUUCUGAUCAAGCACUUGUUCUUGGACUGGUUAAAAAAGUUUGUCCCACUGCUAAGAGCGGAACGGAAACAGAGAUAGAAGGAGGGAAAGAGCUUGAUCAAUUGACUUCAAAAGCUGGUACAAAACGCAGAAGAGACAACAAUGGGGAUCAGAAGUCUAAAAUUCUGAAGGCUGAGCAUGGUGUGUCGACAAGCAGGGCUGGAUCUAAAGGAAUUGUUAGUUCAGCUGAGGAGCAGCCCAAAGUGUCAGACUUGGAAAGCAAACUGGAGUUUCAAGCUAAAGAACUCUGGGCGUUGAAGGAUCUGUUGAAAGAACAUGUGACAACAGCAGAGUUGCGUGAAAUGCUUGAAAUAAAUGGUCAAGAUUCAACAGGAUCAGAACUUGAUUUGCGAGAUCGUUGUGCCGAUGGAAUGAUAUUCGGACCACUUGCUAGCUGCCCAGUUUGUUCUGGUCCCCUUCGAUAUUCUGGAGGCGUGUUCCGGUGCCAUGGCCACUUAUCAGAAUGGAGUAAGUGUUCUUAUUCUACUUGUGAGCCAGAGCGAAUUAAAAGGAAGUGGAAAAUCCCAGAAGGAAAAGAUAAUCAAUUUCUUACUAAGUGGUUUAAAUCACAAAAAGGCAAGAAACCUGUUCGAAUUGUGCCACCUGCAUCCGGUAAAACUUCUGCAAGUGGAGCAGCUAAUGGCAUGUCUCAGUCAUCACAGAAUGAAAAUUUGGGAGAUUUAAGUGUUUCAAUUUCUGGAGUAGCUAAGGAAUCAAUAGAAGAAUGGAAGAGAAAAAUUGAGGAAGCAGGUGGACAGUUCCAUUCAAAGAUCAAGAAAGGUGUUAACUGCUUAGUUGUAAGUGGAUUGCUUGAUAUUCAGGAUGCUGAAAUGAGGAAGGCGAGGAGGAUGAAAAUAUCAAUUGUCCGAGAGGACUACCUGGUUGAUUGUUUUAAAAGACAGAAGAAGCUUCCAUUUGACUUGUACAAAGUUGAAGCUACUGGUGAAGCAUCUAGCAUGGUCACAGUCAAAGUGAAAGGACGAAGUGCUGUUCAUGAAGCUUCUGGUCUACAAGAUUCUGGUCACAUCCUCGAGGAUGGAAAAAGUAUCUAUAACACGACAUUGAGUCUGUCUGACUUGUCAACUGGUGUCAAUAGGUGUGUUGUGCUCAACACCGUGAAAAUGUUGGAAGCUUUACAAGACAUUGAAAUAGCUUCAAGAUUGGUAGGCUUUGAUGUUGAUAAUGAUGACUCCCUUGAUGAAAAAUAUAGGAAGCUGCAGUGCAAUAUUACUCCCCUUCCUCAUGAUAGUGAAGAUUAUAGGUUAAUUGAGAAGUACUUGAAGACGACUCAUGCCCCAACACAUACUGAUUGGACUCUUGAACUUGAGGAAGUUUUCUUGCUUGAGAGGGAAGGGGAACUUGAUAAGUUUGCUCCACAUAGAGAAAAGCUUGGGAACAGGAUGCUUCUAUGGCAUGGAUCUAGAUUGACUAAUUUUGUUGGAAUACUUAGCCAAGGACUGAGAAUAGCGCCGCCAGAAGCUCCUGUGACUGGCUACAUGUUUGGUAAGGGCGUUUACUUUGCUGACCUAGUCAGCAAGAGUGCUCAGUAUUGCUACACUGACAAGAAAAAUCCUGUGGGCCUUAUGCUUCUGAGUGAAGUUGCUUUAGGAGAGAUUUAUGAACUCAAGAAGGCCAAGUAUAUGGACAAACCUCCCAAGGGAAAGCACUCAACAAAAGGACUUGGGAAGAAAGUACCACAAGAAUCAGAAUUUGUAAAGUGGAGGGAUGAUGUUAUUAUCCCCUGUGGUAAACCUGUUACUUCGAGUGUGAAAGCAUCUGAGCUGAUGUAUAAUGAGUACAUCGUUUAUGAUACAGCUCAGGUUAAGAUGCAGUUCUUGUUAAAAGUAAGGUUCCAUCACAAGAGAUGAAGCGGGGUGAUAAAUGAAUUUUGGUAAAGCUUAUUGGUAACGAUUAUGCUGUGCCAAGAUGUUUUGAGCAUUAUCCCUGUUAGCAGUCUUGAUAAGAUCUCAUUUUGGGGGUUGAUCUGGAGAUCUUUGAAGUUGUGUAUUUGGCCAUGUAAAUGAUAUUUUCUGAAUAAUCUAAGGAGAAAGCUUGAACUUGGAUAUUUAAUAUC